AUGCGGAAUGCGGCGGCAAAAGCUGCGGAAGUAGUGAAGCCAGGCGCGCAUGGCUAUGAGUUUGGCGGACCGUACGCCCUCGGCGCAUUCGUUAUCUCAUUUGGCCUUCCGAUACUUUGCUGGGCUUUCGCCUUCCUCUGCAACGAUGUCUCCGGCUGCCCUGCGCCCUCGCUUUUGUCUCCGCGCAAGCUCUUCGCUUCGCCAUCCUUCUCCUCACAUACGGGUUGGCAGCAUGCCAUUGACACGUUGAAGAAGGAGACUGGCUGGCCAGGCUUUGCAGGCUUGAUCAAUGCCGAAGCUGCCAUUGGCACAUUGGCAUGGUAUGGGCUCAGCCUGUUCCUGUAUGUGCUCCUACCGGCCGAAGAAGUGAAGGGCACAGAAUUGCGGACUGGAGGCAGGUUGACGUACAGGUUCAAUUCCUUCAUCUCCGCUCUGGCGAUCCUCUUCAGCUGCGCAGCAGGCACUUGGGUACUAGGACCUGACUUUCAGGUCUGGACCUUCAUCAACCGAAAUUAUGUCCAGAUCAUGACGACCAACAUCAUCAUCUCCUAUGUGCUGGCCACCUAUGUCUACCUUCGCUCUUUCGCAGUCAAGGCUGGCAACAGCGAGAUGCGAGAACUAGCAGCCGGCGGCCAUAGCGGCAACAUCCUCUACGACUGGUUCAUUGGGCGUGAACUCAACCCACGCGUCACUUUGCCUUUCUUCGGCGAGGUCGACAUCAAGUCCUUCAUGGAACUGCGGCCUGGCAUGCUUGGCUGGGUCGUUCUGAACCUCGCCUUCAUGGCGAAGCAGUACAAAUCGUACGGCUACAUCACAGACUCAAUGCUCAUUGUUGUCAUCACUCAAGGCAUCUACGUGAUUGAUGCGCUCUACUACGAAAGCGCCAUACUGACAACCAUCGACUUGACGACUGACGGCUUCGGCUUCAUGCUCGCAUUUGGCGACCUCGUCUGGCUUCCUUUCACUUACAGCAUCCAAGCGAGGUAUCUCUCCGUCCACCCAGUCAUUCUCGGACCAUGGAAUGUGCUCGCUAUUCUUUCGGUUGCGGGUGUCGGCUACUUUAUCUUCCGAGGCAGCAACAGCCAGAAGAACGCCUUCCGCACAAACAGCGACGAUCCGGCCGUCUCGCACCUCGAAUACAUCCAAACGGCCAACGGCAGCAAGCUUCUAACUACCGGCUGGUGGGGUCGCGCACGUCACAUCAAUUACAUCGGUGACUGGACAAUGUCAUGGGCGUACUGCUUGCCGACAAUGUUGUCAGGAUACAAAAUCGUCAACAGCAUGCUUACUCCCGGUAGCAGGCUUGUUACGCAAGACGGCAUGAAGGGUGCGGCGAUACCGAUCACGUACUUCUAUAUGCUGUACUUUGCGGUGCUGUUGGUGCAUCGUCAGAUGCGGGAUGAUGAGAAGUGCAGACGUAAGUAUGGCAAGGAUUGGGACGAGUACUGCGAGAAGGUGCCGUGGCGGAUUGUGCCGUACGUGUACUGA